AGGGGCGUAUUUUGGGAGGACUGUGAUGCCGAUUGGUGAGGAGGGGUUUCUGUUUCCUGUAUUUGACGUGUGUGGCGUUGGGGGUUUACACUGAUCUCAGCCUUUAUUGAACUUCUUAACGACUCUGGAGGGAACGUCAUGGUUACUGGGGUGCUUUGGACCAUGGAGGUGCAGCUCUGGAUUCCAUUACCCUCUCAGAUUAUUUACCAGGCAGUAACAGUUCUUUCCUUCCAUAGGGGAGGGAGGAAAGCUGUGUUAGAAGUCACUGAAGUUGUCUGAGCCUUAACAUUCUGAAGAGGAAGAGGGAUUGGGCUUGGAUUUGAGCAGCCGUGCCCCUGCACCCGCUUGUUAAAACUUGGGAGGAAAGAGUGUUUGGGGGAACACCUCUUCCCCCCAGGGAAGCUUUCUGGGGAUCAUCUUGAUCUUGGGAUUGUGAGGACCUCUUCCUCUCAUUUGGAGACCUCUUGGGGCUCAGCAAGACGCCUGGGCUGGAGUAACUAGAGCCUCCAAUGGGCUGCUUUUCAACUUCAUCCACUCCUACCUUCCCAGAGAAGCAGCAGGAGUUCACUCGUGGGCUGAACUUGGUUGGCAGUGGAUGUGAAGGGUCCAGGAACCAACGCAGACCACUACAUGCUCCUCUGUCGCUGGCCACGAAGCUGUUUGUGUCUCCCAGUUACCAGCUCAGUCACACAUCAUGUUUACACUCCCCACCAAGGCAGUAACAGUUGGCCUUGCAGUGAGGCCGGGAGCUGUUUUCCCAGCUGUUCCUCUUUGCAUAGGCCAAUGGGACUUGGAGUGGGGGUGCCCCUGGCCCAGCCUGGCCCAGGGAGGAAGGCUGCUCUGAAGGGCUUGGGACAGUCAGAUCCCCCAUGGAUCUGGUGUCUUAUUGUGGUCUGUGGGCUGGUGCUGGGAGCAGCCAGCCCCAGAGGUCUGUGGCCAGUGUCCCUGCUCCCUAGGCCAGAUCAUGACCUUGGCUUGCCCUGUAGCCUUUGCUCUGGGUCUGGAGUUCCCAGAGGACUGGCUGCAGUCCCUGAUUGACCCAGCAGACCUGGGCUGGUGAUGUGGUCAGAGGGGGCAGAUGGUUGCCCCUAGUCCACAGCAGUGACUUCCAAGCUGACUGGCUUCCGUGCCUCGUGGUUCCUGGAGAGAAAGGUCCCACAGUCUGAGGCAGCGGUGACUCUGUAGAAUCUUUCUCCACUAGGGGUUUGUUCCUCUGGUCCUCUCCUGCCAGCUUUUAGAGGGUUUGCCUGAUGGGGCUAACAGUGGCAGUGAAAGCAGUAAUCAUGAAAUUGAUGGCUGACAGUAACUGAGUGCAUUCUGUGGGCCACACACUGUUUGGAAUGCUUCAUAUAGAUAAACUUGCUGAAUACUUGAAUUCUAGAGCGGUAGGCGCUGUUGUUAUGCUCUCCCUUUUAGAUGAGAAAACAGCAUCUCAGAGAGGCAGAUCAUUUCCAGAGCUAGUGGAUGCCCAGUGUUUAUAGCAUUCACCCCAUGCCAGGCGUGUGACAGGGCUUUUGUACAUGUGAUCUCACUUAAGUCUCAAAACAUACCUGUGGUUAGGCCUAUUUUAUGGAGAGCUACGAGCUAGUUAGAAGUGUGAUACCAUUUUACAGAUGAGGAAUCAUUUUACUCACUGUGAAGUGCAAAGAUUUCCCAGAGGUCUCAUAGCUGAAGUGGGAGAGGUGUGAUGUGAGCCCUUGGCCCACCUUGGCCUCAGAUCCUCUUGUCAAGGAGAAACUGGAGGAGUGGCUUUUGUCUGUGAGCAUAUACUCUGCCCAGCCCUGUGCUUCGGGCUUUAUAUGGUAUUUGUGUCCUUUUUUGCAGAGUCGGAAAUUGAAGUUCAGAGGAAGAAUUGCCUUCCCCCAGGUCUUAUCAGACCCUAUGGGUGCCAGGGUAGUAUUUGAACCCAGGUCACUGAGCCCCUAGUGCCAUGCAUUCCUUGCUCACCAGGUUCCAGGCUGGGUGAAAGGAAGGAAAGACAUAGGAUGGAGUCACCCCUGUCCUCUGUCCUCCACCUAUAGAGGUGACUGUCCUGUGUCUUUCCUUCCUCUUACCCCUGAGCCUCAGGCUGCCCUGAGCAUCUCUGCCUACAGCCAGUCCAGCAUUUCUUGGUCCCUCCUCAGAGUGGAGGCAAGGCAUCCUUUAACCCUGGGCAGGUGUGUGCUGGGAGAAGAAGACAGCAAGAGAGCCAUGCAGGGGGUGACACAGCUACCAGGGACCUGCGUUAGCUAGCAGCAGGAUGGUGAAGUCGGUUCUAGCUCUGCGACCUUGGACCACACUGUUCACUCCCAUACAGUGGUCUCAGAAGGACGUCCACCUUGGGCUGUUGUGAGGAUUAAAUGAAUUAAUCCACGAGAAGCUCGUAGAAUGGUGCCUGGUACUGUGUAAGUCUUGGUUGGCAGUCAUGAUUAUGUUAUGGAACGGAGGCAUCCAGCCUCCCCCACCCCCUACUUUUGGUCCCCUCGAGCGUUCCGGGAUCCAGCUCCCCAGCCUGGCCCAGCUAGGAUCCAGAACUUCAAUGUUCUGGUUUCCAGCCUCUGUAAAGAGGUGUAUGGAAGCGAGUGAGAGCACAGGGUUCAAAGCCAGCCCUGCCACUCCAUGGCUGUGUGACCUUGAGCAGGCUCCCCAACCCUUCUGAGCUCAUUUCAUCAUCGGUGCCAUGGGGAUGAUGAUAAUUCCCACCUGAUAGGAUUAUUGUGAAGGCUGAGUGGAUUAAUUUGUGGGAAGCAUUCAUAACUGUUCUGGCAUACAAUAAGCCUACCGGAAAUGUCUCCUCACUAAGAACAGUGCCCGACACAUGGUGAGCUGUUGGUCUGUCUUAGCAAUUGUAAUUCUUAGUAUUUCUGCCGGGACUUUGAAGGCCUUUGCCAGUUCACAGAACCGUGUCAGAGAGCACUAGGAGGAGAUCAGGGCUGAAAUUAGCAUCUCAGUUUUACAGAUGCAGAAACAGAGGUCGGGGGAGACAUGCAAUCAAGUCAGAACUGACAAGGGCAGCUCCCGGGCCCACUCCUCUUCCACGCAGUGGCUUUGCAGCCCUGAGCGCCUCCAAGGUAGACACAUUGGAGUCUUUUCAGAGGUCAGGCUCUGUGCUUGUUUUUUUUUUUCUUUUGAGACAGGGCCUCCCUCUGUCACCCAGGCUGGAGUGCAGUGGUGUGAUCACAGCUCACUGCAGGCUUGACCUCCUAGGCUUUAGUGAUCCUUCCACCUCAUCCUCUUGAGUAGCUGGGACUACAGGUGCAUGCCACCAUGCCUAGCUAAUUUUUAAAUUUUUUGUGGAAACGGGAGUCUCGCUAUGUUGCUCAGGCUAGUCUUGAACUCCUGGGCUCAAGUGAUCCUCCUGCCUCAGUCUCCUGAGUAGCUGGGACUAUAGGUGCAUGCCACUGCCCCUGGUUCCCAGCCCACCACAGCUCACAGCUCUGGGAGUGGCAGGAAGGCUGGGCCUGGGCAGGGGGAGCAGCAGAAGUGCCUGCAGGGGUUGGCAGGGGCUGUGCUGCACUGGCCUGUGGGCCUGGGUGAGAGGUGAGGAUGGAUCCUAAGGGUAUUGUGGAGCCGAGGAAAAGGUUUCGCUCAUCCGCCACCAUUUACUGAACACCUCGUAUGUGCCAGCGUUGCAUCAGUACUGGGAAUACAGCAGUGUACUUGCCAAAGUCCCUAUCCUUUUGGGGCUAAGCAAGACCAACCCGAAACAGGUGAAUAAGCAAGGAGCCGGUUAGAGGGGGAGGAGCUAGGCAGCGAAUUCAAAUCAGGUGACAGACUGGGCACUUCUUUAGAUGCAUGCGGCUGUGGGGAGGGCCUCUGAGCUGAUCCCAGUUUGGCAAGGUGAGGCAGUCAUGUGGGAUGGGAGGAGAAGGAACAGCCCUCCAGGUGGAGGGAACCACAGUGCAAAGGUCUGAAGGGAGGACAGAGCUUGGUGAGGUGCAGGGACAAGCCUCACGGAGGCCUGUGUGGCUUGGCAGAGCGAGGGAGCAGGGAGGAGAUGAGUCCGGGGGCUGCGGGGCAGGCAGGGCCCUUUCACUGGGGGCCUUGUGGACUGUCUGUGAAGGAGUUUGGAAUUUCAGCAGGAACAGCCUGGUCAGAUUUAGGGUGUUAGCAGGUGACACAGGAGCCGGUCACAGGCUCCUGCCUGGGGGCGUGGGUAGAUUUGACUGAGCGGAGCAGGGCGUUUCACAGGCCUCCCACUUCCCCUCCAGUAGCAUCACUGCCUUACAGCCAGCAAAGGCCUGAGGGUUGCCUCCCUCCUGUGGUUUUCACACCGUGUUCCCCAGAGCCCGUGGCUGUUACUUUUAGGGAAAGAGGAGGGGAGGCUCAUUGGGCUGAUUUCUCUGCCCAUUCCUCCCCAACCCAACCAGCCGGACUAAUACUGAAUAGCAACGCAGGGCAGCAGUCACACCUGAUACAGACAGCACCCGCUGACCCUGCGUCCACGCUGCCCUGGGCCUGUAGGCCUGCGCCAUUCCCAGUGCUCCUCUGGAAUUGGAAAGACCAGGGCUUGUGACUGGCGCCCAGCACCCAGGUCUCUGGUUGGCCUCAGGUGUGGUUGAUAUUACGAAGGCAAAAUAAAUGAGGGCCAGGUUGAGAGUGUGGGCAUGUUUCUCCACUAUAGCUGGGUGAUCAGGGAGGACCUCCCUGAGGAGGUGACGUGUGGGUAGGGACUGGAGUGCUGUGAGGGAGCCAUGGGAGGAUCUGGGUGAAGACCCAUUAGACCCAGGAGGAAUCUUCUCUCAUUCCCGCUUUGCAAGUGGUGAGAACUGAAGCCUGGAGAGCCUCUGUAGCUUGUGCUGAGUCCCCCAACCAGGAAGUGUUGGGGACAGGCUAUGAAUCUGGGCUUCCAGAGAUUCCCCGACCACAGCUCAGUAGCCCCUGACUGUGCCCUGUCCACGGUGCCUCCUGCAUGUCCUGCUGCCCUGAGCUGUCCCGAGCUAGGUGACAGCGUACCACGCUGCCACCAUGAACGAGGUGAAUACAUCAAGACCUGGAGGCCACGGUACUUCCUGCUGAAGAGCGACGGCUCCUUCAUUGGGUACAAGGAGAGGCCCGAGGCCCCUGAUCAGACUCUACCCCCCUUAAACAACUUCUCCGUAGCAGAAUGCCAGCUGAUGAAGACUGAGAGGCCGCGACCCAACACCUUUGUCAUACGCUGCCUGCAGUGGACCACAGUCAUCGAGAGGACCUUCCACGUGGAUUCUCCAGAUGAGAGGGAGGAAUGGAUGCGGGCCAUCCAGAUGGUCGCCAACAGCCUCAAGCAGCGGGCCCCAGGCGAGGACCCCAUGGACUACAAGUGUGGCUCCCCCAGUGACUCCUCUACGGCUGAGGAGAUGGAAGUGGCGGUCAGCAAAGCACGGGCUAAAGUGACCAUGAAUGACUUCGACUAUCUCAAACUCCUUGGCAAGGGAACCUUUGGCAAAGUCAUCCUGGUGCGGGAGAAGGCCACUGGCCGCUACUACGCCAUGAAGAUCCUGCGGAAGGAAGUCAUCAUUGCCAAGGAUGAAGUCGCUCACACAGUCACCGAGAGCCGAGUCCUCCAGAACACCAGGCACCCGUUCCUCACUGCGCUGAAGUACGCCUUCCAGACCCACGACCGCCUGUGCUUUGUGAUGGAGUAUGCCAACGGGGGUGAGCUGUUCUUCCACCUGUCCCGGGAGCGUGUCUUCACAGAGGAGCGGGCCCGGUUUUAUGGUGCAGAGAUUGUCUCGGCUCUUGAGUACUUGCACUCACGGGACGUGGUAUACCGCGACAUCAAGCUGGAAAACCUCAUGCUGGACAAAGAUGGCCACAUCAAGAUCACUGACUUUGGCCUCUGCAAAGAGGGCAUCAGUGACGGGGCCACCAUGAAAACCUUCUGUGGGACCCCGGAGUACCUGGCGCCUGAGGUGCUGGAGGACAAUGACUAUGGCCGGGCCGUGGACUGGUGGGGGCUGGGUGUGGUCAUGUACGAGAUGAUGUGCGGCCGCCUGCCCUUCUACAACCAGGACCACGAGCGCCUCUUCGAGCUCAUCCUCAUGGAAGAGAUCCGCUUCCCGCGCACGCUCAGCCCCGAGGCCAAGUCCCUGCUUGCUGGGCUGCUUAAGAAGGACCCCAAGCAGAGGCUUGGUGGGGGGCCCAGCGAUGCCAAGGAGGUCAUGGAGCACAGGUUCUUCCUCAGCAUCAACUGGCAGGACGUGGUCCAGAAGAAGCUCCUGCCACCCUUCAAACCUCAGGUCACGUCCGAGGUCGACACAAGGUACUUCGAUGAUGAAUUUACCGCCCAGUCCAUCACAAUCACACCCCCUGACCGCUAUGACAGCCUGGGCUUACUGGAGCUGGACCAGCGGACCCACUUCCCCCAGUUCUCCUACUCGGCCAGCAUCCGCGAGUGAGCAGUCUGUCCACGCAGAGGACGCACGCUCGCUGCCAUCACCGCUGGGUGGUUUUUUCCCCCUAACUUUUUACUUUGCCUUUUUGGUUUGUGUCCCCACCCCCACCUCCUCACCCCUUUUCCAGUUCUUCUUCAGGCCCCUCCCAGACGCACCCCAGCGGCCCCUGCAGCCCCUGCCUCCAGCCUCACCUUUGUGCCCAGACUCGCAUUUGGAAGACUCCACCUCCCGCCCAGGCCUGGGCUGUUGGGCGGUUGGAGAUUCAGGUUUUAAUCCACACAAGCCCCAGUGAGGGGUGAAGCAUGGCACCCGGGGCCUACCUGAGUUUCUGGCCUGGGUGUCGUGCUGGUGUCUGCCUCUGCGCUGCUGCAUCUGGACGAAGGCUGCCUUCUGGUGGGACGCGACACCCGGCAGACAGUGGUGCUGCCUUCCAGGCCCCGUGGCCUAGGUUCGGAGUGGCCAGGCACGGGGCGGUCCAAUCCCCCACCCGCUGUCCCCCUAUGGGGGCAGAAAAGCAAUAAUGUCCAGGGGCAGGCAGGGGCCCUUGGGAGCUGCAGGGCUGGGGGUUAGGGCUGCUCCCUGGUGAAUGGAGUCAGAUCCUAGGAUCUGUACCAUGGGGAACCAGGAGUGGCCAGGCUGGGUGCCGCCUCCUGGUCCGGCCUCCUCCCCACCAAACUGUCCUCACCCUAUGGAUGAGGCAGGAGGAACAUUUGGGGGCAAACCUGCCUGCCUCCCAGCCCCGUGCCUUACUAGGGCUUCCUUCCAGCUGGCCUUACCUCCCGCUGGACCCUGGGCCUGGCCUGGCCCCACUGGGGGGCUAUGGGCUGGGCUCACCCUCUCCUCUGCGGGGGUGGAGGGGCACCAGCCUUGGCUGUUACAAUCUUACACCGGACAGUAUUGGGCUCCAUGGACUUGGUCAGGGAGGGGUGGGGGUGGGCAUCUCUGGUACCUAUUGGGGUGGGGGGCCUCUGAGAAGGGAGGCUCCUAGGCCCCCCUCACCCCUCCCUCUUCCCAGGGCCCCACGUUCUGCAGCCUUAAGGUUGAACAUGAGUGCACGUCCAUGUCAGUGCUGUGGGACUCCUGUGCGUGCCUCGGACUGCGUGUGUCGGCGGGACGCAGGCACACGUGGGUGUGUGUGCAUGUGUGUUUGUGUGAGGGCAGCAUGUCCUCCAGUGUGCAUGGUGUGUGGGCUUGGGCCCCAUCCCUGGCCCGAGCAUUUCAUCCUGUGGGGGAGGGGUGCUGACCUAGUGGGAGGAGCCCCACCGUGAUCCAUGAGCUGCCCUGCCCACGCCUCCCCUCCCUGUAGCAACACCUCUGGGUGUUUGGAGUUUAGCUUUUGUGGGUUUGCUCUCCCUACCCCAUCUCCUGUACUACACAGUUCAUGGCAGGGUGGGGAGGGGUGGGGUUGGUUCGGGUGGGUGAGGGUCUUUUUCCUCUGUGUGCGAUGUCGUUAUCUGACAGUUCUCCGUCCCUACUGGCCUUUCUCCUCGUCUUCAUAUUUGUACGGUACAAGCAAUAAAGACACUCAUUUCAGA